AUGGCCGAAGUAACCACCCUCGAUGCGCUGCAGCUUUUCCACCGCGACCUAGCUGCCGUUCGCAAUGGACGUCCCGAAGGCGUCGAGUCCUUGGACAACCCCGAGAUCCAAGCCUUAUUCGAAAGGGAGCUCGAGAAAACUUGGCAAAGGCCUCAGAGAGAUGAGAAGAGUCGGCAGGCAGUCAAGUCCGGCAAGAUUGUCAUCGACGAAGAAGAAUACGCCCUCAACGAGGAGUUCCAGCAGAUCGUGCUCAACCUUGCCGAUGAGGCCGAGAUCAACGAAAUCGAAGCGACGCGAUGUCUCCUCGACGCAAAAGACGACCCCGCCAGCCUAGGCCGCUCGUUGCUCGAGUGCGGGCUGAUUCGAGUUCAUCAACAACGCAAAUACACCCUCGAUAUUGUACGGCUGAUGAUGGAGAUUGACGCAUUGGACGAGGAAGACGUUGAACCUGAGAUUCUUAACGUGGUGCAGAUGUGUUUGUCGGCGACUGUUUUCCAGAACCUACCGGGCGAAACUGCGUCCUCACAAAAAAGACUGCUACCGAGGUGUAUGUCGGCGAUGCAAGACGUCAGGGCAUGGCUUCAGAAGAUCGCCGACAAGAUGACGGCGGCGGCCGUACUGAUUAACGGCAGAGGCGGCCAGGUCCCGGAGGAGAUGGAGACGAUCGAGUUCUCUCGUGUCAGCCUAUAUCAGCAACACGAGAUUCUUGCCGUCAUCCUCUGCCGCACAAUUGAGAAGCGAGAGGCCGAGGUUGGAGACUUUAAGGCUUUUUUGCAGCAUCUGAGAAAUGCCGACAAAUACGACGUUCUGCUUGCCCAUCUUUUCCCCGCGUUGGGUGCAUACAUUACGCUUUAUGGCUCGACUGAAGGUACAUCGAACCUGAGCAUGGCCAGAGAGCUCAAUCCGAUCAUCUGUCCGCAGAACGAUGAGAGCGCCUGGCGCUUGGUCUACCUACAGGCAGCGGUCAAGGCUUGGUGGCUAGCCGAGUAUAGCGGAUGGUAUCUGGACGACUCGCUUCUCGGCGGCUUGGAAGGUGUGGAUUUGGAUCAAGAGGAUCGACAGAGGUCCAAGCAAUUUCUGGAGGCGUUGAAAGAUGGUGCUUUCGACUUCAUCCUCUCCAUUGCUGCAGAUGUCAAGACUCCUGAAUGGGUCGACCCUUCGAGGAUUACCAUGCGCAACUGGCUUCAACGAAAAGCCCCCCCGCUAAUCUCGGACUCAAUUGCCUUUGCCGAAUACUUUCAAGCGUUACUAAUGAACCAACUGGAGGUUUUCGUUGACGCUUUCAUUUCCAACCUUCCCGACGUUCUCAGGAAGCUUCGCGUUGAAGAAGACGAGCAACGUCAACUCAGCCAGACACACGAACAAGACUUAGACCUGGAGCGCUUCCUAGUCGUCAUAGCCUACGCAUAUGAAGGCCGUCCAGAUGCUGCGAUGAACUUCUGGUCGGACCCCGACAGCAAUCUGGCGGGCUUCAUGCAUUGGGCGUCACGAAGAGCCUCAACGCCACUCGUCAGCUCGUUCUGCGAGAUGUUGCAGGCCAUUUCUGGGAACGAUGAGUGCGCGACGGCUGCUCACGACUUUUUGCUGGAUGAAGGACACCAUGCUUCGGGUAAGAUGAGGCGGUCGCAGUCCCUUACCUGGCAUCAAAUCUUCAGGGAGCUUGUCUUCUUCUCAAACAAGAUUAGGGAAAAGGCUACGACCCCGCAGAUCUCAUCGACGUAUCGACCCGGCCGUCCCAGCAGCGACCAGGCCGAAGCCGAGCCGGAGUCCACGAUGAUGCUUCAAUCAUACCUGCGGCUCAUCACCAAGCUUGCUUCAGAGAGCGAGACCGCUAGACAAUUCCUUCUCAAGGAGCCCAGCUUCAACCUGGUCGAGAUGCUCUUCCAGCUUGCCAGCAGUCCUGUUCCGGCAGACCUGCGAGCAGGCACCUUUAUGGCAUUACGUGCAUUGAUCUCCCGGAAAUCACAAGAGGAGGCCAACAUCAUGUGGCAGUGUUUGGAGGCUUGGAUGAACGGCGCUUACAUUGUAACACCAAGUCAGCACCGUUCGCCUCAAAGCUCUCCAGUUGUGUCUAUGGACACAGUCAGCGACGAUAUAUGCCACGGUUUUGACGAGCCUCAUGCCUUUAUCCAGCUUUUGAUCGCGCUCAUCACGCCACCUGAGGACAGCAGCUCUCUCAACGACUCGCUGCCCUUCCCCGAGAACCUUGGCUCAGCUAACCGCAUGCCUGGUAUCGAAAUCUACGUUGACACUGUUUUGGGCAAGGUGUUUGCAAAUAAAGCCAACGAAGUCAACGACAUCAACCAGCUGAGAAUGCUGCGCUUGAGCUGUCUCGAGUUUGCGGCUACCUGUCUCUCGACGUUUAACGAAAAUCUGAUUGUCAUCGCAAACGAGACCAACAUUCCCAUUGACUCGGCAAUGGCAGCGACGGACUUGGCAACCUAUGUCAAGCUGCAUCCUUUCGCCCGAGUCAUGGAAUGGAUGUUCAACGACAAGGUCAUUGCGGCCCUCGCCCAGACCAUCCAUCAGGACGCGGUGGAUGUCGGCAACGCACCGCCCGAUUCGCCAGUCAUCCUGGGUAUCCUCAGAGCUGUCGAGGUCAUCUCGAAGGUCCUGGAUCUCCAGGCGACCUUCCUCGAUCUUGUCCGUCCUCUGAUCAAAAUGCAAUCUAACCACCGGCGCCCCCCUGUUGCCAACGCCGCGUACGCUUCUUUCGAAGACGGCCUGGUUGGCCAUCUAGGUCUUGUGGUUGACUUGGGAAACUACUGUGGUCUCGGCCACCCUGAAGUAACUCUCUCCUGUCUGAGGUUAUUGCAAAAGAUGACGACGUCGUUCAAGAUCACAUCAGCAUGGUCAUCUACACCUGGUCGCAAGAGCCACCGCAACAAGGCUAUUGUCGCGCUCGAGGCAAAUGGAGAACAUGAGACCAUAGCCCGGUCGCUGGCCGCAGAACUAAUGACGCCUCUUGAUUGGGGACGAGAAGCCGAGUCGCCCGGCUAUCUUACCAAAACGUACAUUCUCGACUUUCUCUCCAGCUGCCUGGCGGCAAGCCCAAACAAGCCUACGAUUGCUCAUCUUCUGUUGGGCUUCCACUGUGGCGUUGACUCGCUAUCUAUAGAACCCAACGGAACUUUUGCCGCCAGGACAUCAAUCUUCCACAACAUGUUGAGGUUGCUUUUGGACACACCAUUUGGCGAUGCCCAAGGCAUGCGGCAUUGGCUUGUGUCUUUGAAGAGCAAGUGUAUGUACAUCCUAAGGGUCUUGUGGACAUCACCUUUGUCAGCCCCGUUUGUCAUCGAUGAACUCCGAGACAACGACGUCCUAUUUCACUUCCUGCUGCGUGAGGUGGUUAUCCAGCCCCAGUUGCCGUGGGAAAACCAAGACAUCAACGCUCCCGAUUUUCCACUCACCGAAGGCGCUCCAACGUUUAUCGAGUUUCUUGCUCUGCGCAGUAUGAGCUUGGAGUACAUCGCGAUGGAGCUCUGCAGCAUAUCGCAGAGUCGGAUGCCGUCCCUCAAACGACGGAUAUUCGAAGCCCUCAACGGCCAGAUCGUGGGCGAGAACAACGAGCCUAUGCCUAUCCCGACCGUGUUCGACUUGUACGACUUUUCACUGCCCGAGGGCAUUUGGGACGAGUCACUCCCUGCCCUUCAGUUUUACAAGGACCUUGAUCUCAGUAGUUGUCUCGAGGAGGACGACCACGGAAACGCCAUCUAUAACAUCGACCGAGCGAGGGAGAUUCUGCUACUGAAACGGAGUGAAAGAAGACAUGACGGCGUCCUCCUCACGGCGCAAGACUUUGCCACUGUGGAACGGGAAGAGACGAUGAUAAUCAACUACCUAAUCUUCACUAAUCGACAAAGGCGGAUAGCAUCACAAGGUCUCGGUGUCCUAAAGACAUGGACAAGUCUCCUCCUCGUCAUGGUCGCAUCGAACGAGUUCAAGGGCACGACUGAGGCUUCGUUCUACUUGCAAGCGCUGCAAGCCAUCCUGCCCGGCCUCGAGGCGUCGGCGUUUGAGCGGCCAGAGGAAGCUAUGGAGCUUGCCAAGUUGGCCAGGGUUCUUCUCUUCAAGCUCGACUUGAGCUCGAGGCCUUCGCUGGAUCGGGAGAGCCAGGCCAUCGGCAGCCUCGUGAGCGACAAGCUUUACCAGUUGUUCCAGGUCUGCCUGCAAGCCAUCGGCAAGUGGACUGGCUCGUCAGACCUCCGAGCAAUCUACUACAGCAUCUGCUACCGUUACCUGACGGGCAUGGUAGACCAAGGACUGCUCGUCGCCGGGCGGCAGAAGACGCUCAAGACGAUCCAGGUAUAUGGCGAGAGGCUCAUCAACGUCAUUUGCGACGACGCCUACAGCAGCGACGCCGCAUGCCAGACUGCCGCCUUCGUCCUCCUCAACGUGCUGGUCAAUCUGGGACGACAAGAAGACGACCCGCACAUUGUCGAAACGCUCAACCGGCUCAACUUCAUUGGCAUACUGGUCGACUCCCUACGGACCAUCCUGCAUGACUGGGCCGAGGUUGUCCACACGGGCAACACAGCGCAGGAGACCUACGUGGCGGCCAAGUUUGCACUGCUUCUGCAGCUCGCGCAGACCAAGCCUGGCGCCAAGUACAUCCUGCACGCGAACCUCUUCCGGUCCAUCGAGGCCUCUGGCCUCUUCGCGGCGGACCCGGAAUUGCAGAUCGACCCCACAAACCCUAAGGCCCUGGAGAAGCACUAUGAACUGCUCGCCAAGGUCACGCAGGUCGUCAGCGCGGCCAUCGUCAGCCGCGGCUCCAGCAACGUGCUCCAGGGGCGCAGGUUCCUCACGGAGCACCGCAUGCUGGUGACGCAUACCCUCAAGCGCAGCGCGGGCAUCGGCACGGUCGAAGGAGAGGGUGUCUUGGAGGAGCGCAUCGAGGAGUUGGCCGAGGGCUUCAUGGUCCUGAUCGCCGCGACUGGUUUCCUCGAGUUUGAGAACGAGGUGAUGCCGGAGCCCAAGAAGCAGGGUCCUGUUUUGUUCACUUGA